AUGGCACCGUCCUCCUCCAAUCCCCCGCCUCACCGCAACAAUGAGCAGGCAAAGAGCGUCACCUACGCCCCUGAGAUCCGCGACCUCGACGACGUUGACGCUCUCCUCGACAGGAUGGACGCCAUGUCUCUGUCUCCUCGACCAAAAGCAUCCCGCAGCAAGGACGCUUAUCACUCAAACGCCGGCAUGAGCGAUCUGGCGGCGGCCAAGCCUUCUCCAGAGAAUGAAGGCGGCCAGAGGAGUGCUCUCGACCCCAACGAGGCUUACUUGAAAACCACUGGGAAGACGUUCAACUUCACUACUCCAAUGUCGCAGCGCACCUCGCCGGGUGAGAUGCGAAGCCCACCGCUCAGUCCAAAGCCGACCCUCAAGCUCGAGGAGCAAGGUUCCGCCUUGGGGGAAGAGGGUGGUGAAAAAAAGAAGAUGUUGCCGGAGGAGGAUUGGGUGUCGCCUGAGAAGCCCACAUUGGCCGCUGUCUCCGCGAUCGAAAAAGCCUCAGCUCCGAGCCAUGGUGAUGACGGUGUGUCCAAGUGGACGUAUUCCUUCUCCAGGCCCGAGUCAAGUCCUGCAGCCCUCCCAGGCAAGUUCCCGCAUCACGAGCGGUCAGCCACCAGAAAGAGCGAGAUCUCACGAAUUGGGGGUGCUCAGCUCCCACAGACACCCACCCAGGAGGAUUUGCUACACAAGACCCAGACUUUCUCCAAGCCUCACCACGUUUGGCGGCCCGUUGAGUCUGAGGAGAAAAUCCCCCUGACGUCCGAUCCUGACCGCCAACUCUUCUACCACACCGGAGUCGACAAGUUCGGCAAGCCUGAGGAGAAGGACCCUUUCAAGGCCGAGCAGGACGACCGGCAAGUCCACCCACCUCGUCCCAAGAGCCACUCCCCUCCCCUCCCCUACCCCAACCUCCCACCCUCAUCGCCAGCCAAAGACCCCCUUCCUGCCCUUCUGCGGCCAAAACGCCCCUGGGAGCGAUCAGCCGACGCCUACGGAUCAGUGUCGCCGGUGCAAGACGUCAAGACUGCGCAGAAGGAAGCCGCUCAAGUCGAAGGCAGAGGGCAGACAUCACAGGCCCUGGGUGUCGAGGGAAAGCAACUAGAGGCCAGCAAGGGCGAAGAGACGAAGACGGAGGAGGGCGAGGAGGAUGGGCAGCCGAUCCCCAAUGUGUUCCAGAAGAUUGGCAGUGCGUUCUCCGGCUCUCCCAACAACUAG